CCGGCGAGGUUUUGUUCUUGUCGCAUACGUGUCCGACGUAUCCUGGGUUUGAUUAAACGAAAUUGCCUUAUUAAUUUGGAUUUUUACGAGCAUAAUAUGAACAUUUACGCAGAUUCAAACAAUGCAAGAAUCGGACACAGACAUUAUGAAAAACAUCUGAAUGCUUUUAGUAGCUUAACAAAGUUGAAACGAGUCACCAUUCGUCAACCAACAGUCACAUUCAAAGUAAGAGGAGAUUUUGGAACAGAGAGUGAAACCACACUCAGCAGGUGAUUAUGCUGUCAUUUUCUGAGGUCCGGUAGAAUGAAGCUCAAUUUUUAAACUAAUUCUGUGAAGGCAUUUGUCCAACUGCAAUUGUUUGUUAUGGUCCUGCUGUAUUGUCUUCAGAGUGGGAAAUACAGUACAACAAAGCACGAUGUCAGAGAAACACAAGCAUACAGAGGCAAAUUACAGGAGUUGAGGAAAGUUAACAUACACAAAUACUGUAGAUCAGCUGUUGUCCCGAAACCAUCAGCAACCGGGUCCGUAACAUUGGUUCAAAAUUCCAAAUUUAACGUCAGUUAUUUUGGUAUUCCCAAAAUAGCAUCUACUUUCAUUAAACAAAUGUUUUUCGUUUUAAAAUAUGGUCCAACUUAUGCAAAAGAAAACUUUAGCAUACCUCGUAAUGAGGUACAUAAACAUUUCAAAGGACAAAGGAAAGACUUUGUAUUUAAUAAUACUUUAGACGAAACGGUUACUAUUGUCCCGGUACGAAAUCCCUACUCCAGAUUAUUUUCGGUAUUUAUUGAUAAAGUGUUUUUGCCAAACUCUAUUAAACUGGUUUCACAUAUACUUGCGAGCAAGCAAAAUAACAUCACAUACAAUUCUGCGAACUAUACGCUUACUAAUCGGGAAGAUUACAACGGCCUCUCGGUCACUUUUCUUGACUUCCUAAAUUAUGUUAUAGACCCCCACCAAAAGAAAAAGGUUUUAAUUAACCAUUAUGGACCAUGCUUUCCGAGACUGAAAUAUUUGAUAUGUAAUUCUAAUCAUUAUAUUGUAGCAAAACAGGAAACAUUUGAAAAAGACAUAAAAUACGUUUUGCAAUUGGCGGGUGUAAAUCAAACAGAACAUGAAACAUGCAAUAUUAUAAUAAAGUCACUUCAUGAGUCUCGUGUUGAAGAUAGCAUCCCAGGAAUAAUCAAAGUUACGUUUGCCCAUGCUGAAAGAGAUGCUAAAUUGUGGACUGGGAAUAUUGUAGCUGAAAGGCUAUGGCAUUCAUUUCAAAUCCAGGGAUAUAUUGAUGAACAAUAUCCCUAUCCCAAAACGUAUUUCAAUUUUGAAUUGACAUACUCGAAUGUAAGUUUCGUUUUAAACGUUUUCCUAAAUGUAAUGAAAAGAAACAAGUUGUCUCGGGCAAGAAGUUGGAAACAACGACAGGAAGCACUACUGAGUGCUUAUAAAGGGUUACCUAAAGAUGUUAUACAGAAAGUAAACGAUAUGUAUAAUAGUGAUUUUAAAGCUUUCGGGUACAGUAAAACAUUAUUUUAAAAGACAAAUGUAACCAUCGAAAUCAAA